AAACAUGUGUGAUUGUUGUGCAUUUUCAACCAGCACUUUUCCAUCAAUUUCCUUGGUUUUCCUGCGGUACUUCUGAUAUCUGUGGUGUGACAGCGAGGCGAGAGAUUAACAAAAAGCUUGACACAAUGAAUACAGUGAAAUUAUUGCUGUCCAAAUGUGUGAUUUCAAACUUCACCGGGAGCUUACAUCAGCCAGCGAGGAUCAGCUUGGCUGUCCAGUUUGUGAGAUUCUCCUCGACUUUUGUCCCUAAAUCAACUUUCUCCAGUUCACUGAAGCUGCCCACCAUCCGCACGGGUGGGUUUCUGGGGCAGAAGUCCAUUGGGAACAUCUCAACGUUGCAGAUGAAGAAGCGUCCAGUGAGGAAAAAGCGUCCGGAAGAGACAGAAGUGCAUGAGGAUGGGAAUUUUACUGUGACAGCCUAUGCCACUGCUGAGGAGUAUGAUCUUGAGAAGCUGCUCAGUGGCUUGGUGCAGCAGGAGCUGUACGUGCCGAAGAAAUUCAUCUGCACAGAUGAUAAUGGCGUGGAUCCGGAUGUGCUCUACGUAUCGGCAAAGUAUCAGGUAGAUAAGGAGCCCAGGGAUAUCUUCUUCUUUCGCGAGGGCACAGUGAUUCUGUGGAACAUCGGUGAGCUGGAGUGCAGCAACGUCUUGUCCUUCCUAAAGCAGUACGAGCAGCACAGUUAUGAUGACAAUACUGUGUCUGGAGAGAGUGAGCAAAUGGUGUACAAUUACGUGUCUACAGACCAGUUGUCAGCCCAUCUGAAGCGAGGACUCUUCAUGCUGACCAGGGAUGAGGAGAGCUACCUUGAAAAAUACACAUUCUCCAACGCAAUGUCUCUGUCCGUGAAGCUGGGCAUUUGGGAAGCAUCUCUGGAUAAGUAUAUCGAUUCCAUCGCCUUUGUGACGGAGGAUUUAAAGCGUGGGUCGAAGAUUAAAAUGUCCAGAGCGGAAAUGUUGCGCAAAACAGGAGAAUUGUUUGCUCUUCGCCACCUCAUCAACUUGAGUUCCGAUCUUCUGGACACGCCUGAUUUCUACUGGGACCGAGAACAUCUCGAAAACCUCUACGCACAGACUUGUGGAUACUUCAGUAUUUCUCGGAGGACAAAGGUGAUGAACGAGAAAUUGAAUCAUUGUGUUGAACUGGCGGAUCUUAUUUCAUCAAAUCUCAAUGAUGCUCAUCAUGUGCGUCUUGAGUGGAUGAUCAUCAUCCUGAUUAUGGUGGAGGUGCUCUUCGAGAUCAUCCACUAUGCUGAGAGAUACAUGGAUGCUGGUCAGGAAGCUGCGUUUGUUCCUGCUUCCAACUAACAGCGGCGAAUCGGUAGAGGACAUAUAACCUGAAUAAAUACAGGAAACU